ACUCCAAAGGAUCCUCGAGCCUUUCACUUGACGCCCGGAGUUACGCGAUAACCGUCCUUCCGGAGUUUCCAAACUUCCUUUUAUUAUUAUUAUUAUUAUUAUUAUUCUAAGUCAAGCAGCAAAAUGUCCUUCAACCUUUAAACUCGAGCGAAGUGAAGAGUUUCGUUUUCCCGCGUCGUCCUGUGGCGCAUACGGCCUCCAUGCUGACCAAUAGCGCGCCGAGUUCAGCUUCCUGUGUAUCCGCAGCAUCUUUAGUUUCGUUUCGUUGCUCGGCUGUUUAUAAGGCAGGCGCGCGGCUCCCCACCUCCACACCCAGCUAACUUCCCACCCAGACCACAGCAGAACGCUUCAGGACUGCAUGUAGGCCUGCUGUCGGCUGUCCCCCCUUGUCAUCAUGAAGAAGCUCCUCGUGUCGGUGGUCCUGGUGGUCCUGGUCUCAGCACUGUCAUCUGCUGGGGAAAACAAAAGAAGCAAGCCUCCUGCAACUGUGUCUCCAGCAUCUGAGUCUAAUCCCACCACAGCAAACAAGACCUCGACCGCAACAACGACUGCAACUACAGUUCAAACCACUGGAAAAACUACUGCUACAACCCACACAAAACCAAAUACGACAGCCACGACCCAUACAACACCGCCUACUACCGCCGCAAAUACAACCACGACCCAUACAACACCGCCUACUACCGCCGCAAAUACAACUACGACCCAUACAACACCACAUACUCCCGCCGCAAAUACAACUACGACCCAUACAACACCACAUACUCCCGCCGCAAAUACAACUACGACCCAUACACCACCACAUACUACCACAACUGAAAAACCUAAAACUACCACCACCAAGCCUCCGACCCCAGCGCCUCCCAGGCCUACGUCCCCCACCAAUUUGACGGAUGGAAACUACUCUGUGACAAACGAAAAAAACGUGACAUGUCUGAUGGCUCAGAUGGCCCUGCAGAUCCGACUGGCGAGAGACAAGGUUAAUGGAACAUACAUCGUCCAGCCAAAACGGACCCAAGCGGUGGGCGGGUGCCUGAAAACUGCAGCCAACCUUACCCUUACCUUCACAGAAGGCGCCAUUACCUUCUUGUUCAAUAAGGACGUCACUGAGGACGCCGUGUAUGUCAACGCCCUGUCUUUCAAGCUGACCUACCCCUUCAGCUCUGCAGGACAAAACGUGUACACUGCCAACAACAAGUCGGUGCAUCUGUUUGCUGCCAAGAUCGGACACUCCUACUCCUGCAGGAGCGAGUCCCUUUACAUGGGGGACGGACUUUAUUUAGACGUCCUUCACAGCAAGAUGCAGGCCUUCAACCUCACCAGCAACAAGGGCUUUGGCUUCCCUGACCCUUGCCCCGCGGACGUGCCGGACAACACGGUGGCCAUCGCGGUGGGCGUGACGCUGCUGCUGCUCAUCAUCAUCGUGCUGGUGGCCUACGCCCUGGGCAGGAGAAGGAGGGGCAGCGGCUACCAGUCUCUGUGAGGGGGGGGGGGUGGUGGGGGCCGAGGAGGCGCCGCCCACACGUCACUCCCAUCUGACACACUGAGGGGUUAAAGGGCACUUGAUUCACUUCCACUCAGCUAUUGUAUUUUAUUUUCUGUUGUUUCACCGUUGUCACGGCUACCGCCAGUUGUCCAAUGAAAUGCCGAGGACGGUCAACACGGGUUGUAACGAGUCAGAGGCCUCGAAAUGAGCUCUGUCCUUGAUUAAGGUUAAUUACUUGCAUAAUUUACACACACGGAGCGGCCGAGCUACCGUCCGCCCUGCCUCUGCUACGUGGCGUACAGACGCCCCCGCCCUCGACACGGGUGUGUAUUACUAAACCCACACCGGGUCGGGCGGUCCAAUUUAGCGCCGUUCUUUCAGCAGCCAGUGUGUCCUUGUUGUGUCCUUGUUGUGUUCUUGUUGUGUUGUUCUCGUUCAUGUUGUACCUGCCUGAGGAUGACGGGGCCACGCCCCUCCUCUCUAAAGGGAUGUUGUAUCACAGUAGUACAAUAAAACGGAUGGAAACUUGGGGAA